CCAGCUUCCAAUUUCGAAAUAACAAGCUCUCCCCAUGCAUGUCCGGGAUCGUUGACGUACCGCCCCAAGCGGAGUAGCAACAGCAUUCGCGGUCGGGGAUGGGUACAUUCGGAUACGCUGGUGGGCGCAGUAUUGAAGCUUGAUCAUCGCCAUCCCCCAGCUCCGCUCCUUUCCAUUUCCCGUCAACAUUGGUUCCCCCCCUUACUACCUACCUACCUACCUAGGGAGGUAUAAAGAUAUCCGCCCUCUCAUUCUCUCGCCCUGCCCCUCACCCUACCCCUCAUUCACUCCAGGAGGUUGCUACUACUGGGCUACCUCUCUCUCCCCUUAACCUCCGAGCUUGUAGUCCUAAUCCCUGCGUUGUCAUCACCACCAUAAUGCGUCUCAAUUCCAUCUCUCUGACUGUGCUCUUCCUGUCGGGGGUGUUUGCGCGCCUGCAGACGAGGGUAGACGGUUCUGCCGGCGACGCGACUGCUCCCACCCCUGACGAGGAUGGGAAGUACUGGAUCCAUGGAGAAGGCAUUUCUGCCGCCUUCAUUCCCUAUGGCGCCUCCAUCAGCAACCUACUGAUAAAGGACAAACGCGGGAUUAAGCGCGAUAUCGUGGCUGGCUUCGACAACGCCACCUACUACGGGGUCGACAAGCAGCAUCCACAUCUCGGUGGUGUCCCCGGGCGCUAUGCCAAUCGCAUCAAGAACAGCUCGUUCGAGAUAGACGACAUCGUUUACAAUGUGCUGGCAAACGAGAAUCCCACCGCCGAGCACCCGGAUGGUAUCGAUACUCUCCACGGCGGCCCGGAUGGAUGGGACUGGCGGAACUUCACCGUCGUUUCUCAUUCGGACAGCAGCAUCACGUUUUCGAUCGUGGAUCCCGAUGCCGCCCAAGGUUUCCCCGGCGAGGUCAUCUCGUACAUCACUUACACCCUCGGCGACAUGACCUGGGACUUGAAGAUGGUUGCCAUCCCGACAACAAAGAAGACGCCCAUCAUGCUGAGCAGUCAUACGUACUGGAACCUGGAUGGCUUCGCCAACAACGAGACCAACACGGCCCUGAACCAUACCUUCUAUCUGCCCUAUAGCGGGCAGAGGGUCGGCGUUGACAACAUCCUCAUCCCGACAGGUGAUAUCAUCGCCAACCACCCGGGCUCCGUCAAUGAUUUUUGGAGUUCCCCGAAGCAGAUUGGCGCCGGCUUUGCUGACCCCGAGAUCCACAACAACUGCGGGUUCAACUGUUCUGGAUAUGACACUUGCUGGCUCGUGAACCGCGAGCAAAACGGCCCUUACGACUGGCGGGCUGAGGGCGGCUUCGUGGCGCGUCUGCAGUCAGCGUGGUCGGGUAUUCAGCUUGACGUCUACACGGACCAGGAGGCCUUCCAAAUGUACUCGUGCAAUGGGCAGAACGGGUCCCUGACCCUGAAGACCACGCAGGGCCUGUUCGAUAACCCGAAAUUCCCCCGCACGAUCCCCAAGUACGGAUGUGUCGUGCUCGAGGUUGAGGACUGGAUUGAUGCUAUCAACCAGCCCCAGUGGCAGCGGUCCAAGAAGCAGAUCUUCGAGCCAGGCGGUGACCCCUAUGUUCUCCAGGCCAGCUACAAGUUCAGCAUCAACACGACUGCGACGUAGGAUGGCGGGGCGGUAGUAGCUUGGGCGAUAAUGGGAGGUUUCUGGAGUAUCCUGUCUUAGUUCCCAUGAAUAUCGGAGCCCCUGAUGUAUUUUUACUCUAUUUACUUUUUGAAGCAUAUUUGAUAUCCCACUCCGCACCGUGACAGGUUCUCCAUUAAAUCAUUUGGUUCUAGUAUUGAUUACUACCACACGGUUUGCAGCUCGCCGCUCUUUCUAAAGAAGCCCGC